GAAGCCCCCCCACCAACCAUCCCUAAUGCAUCUACUGAUCGAGGGCGCGGACGUGGGCGGGGAAGGGGCAGGGGAGGAGAAGGUCGCGGUGCCGCUCCCCGCCCAGUUCCAGUAGAAAUGACUGCCAGUGGGCCAUUCGCUAUGGGACCUGCUCUCGCAGGCACCUCAGCACGGCGCAGCGCUCCUCGCUCCAAUUUCACACCCAUCGUUCCAUUGGGACCUGGAAAUGCAACUGCUCUUGGUGCUGGUCUCUCUGGAGCUGCCGCUCCUUCAUUGAAGAGGGAGAAGGAGACUGUAGCACCGAUCAUUGACGAAGAUGACUACUCUGAUCCGGACGAAGGUGUCGAGAUUAUCGACAUGGAGAACGUGAGACAGAUGGACUGGAUGGCUCCAGAAAGCUUGCGCAAAGAACGUAAAGAAAAGAAGAAGAAAAAGGACAUUCAGGUGAAGCUUGAGGAUCCAUCAUCACCUUCAAGUAUAAAGAAAAAAGAAGAGGAAAUGAACAUCGAGGAAGUAGAUUUGGCUAAUGCCCUUGAUCUUAGUGAGAGCGAGGAAGAAGAAGAACUCGAGGACCUUAUAGAUGAUUUCGCGGUGCAAGGUGAAGCGGACCAGGACGCAGACAUACGACAAGAGCGUCUCUACUUCUUCCAGUUCCCUGAGCCGUUUCCAACAUUCGUCUCCAAUAUCCCAUUGACCAGUCCGACGGCAAUGAGUGUUGAUGAGCCUCCAUCAGAUAGCCAUCCACGUAAAGUGUCUUUCGCAGCAGACGUAAAGCCACCAGGUCCUAGCGGAGAUCCAGCAGGCACAUCCACAGGGCCAGAUGCAGAACAAACGAAAGAACUACCAAAAGUUGAUGGUGUCAUCGGGCAGCUCGAAGUAUAUCGUAGCGGGGCCGUCAAAAUGCGCCUUAGUAAUGGCAUCCUCAUGGAUGUAACUGGCGCAACUCAGCCAUCAUUUUUACAGCAAGCUGUCCAUCUGGAUCUGCAAAACAAACGCUUGCACAUCAUGGGAGAAGUCAACAAGCGGUUUGUCGUCUCGCCAGAAAUAGAUACACUCCUUCAUGCGAUGGAGUUGCGCGAUCAAGCUGAGGCCAACGCCAUGCCAAUCGAUGACACGAAUUUAAUCAAGAUGGCCUAGGAUACAGCGGACAGCGAAAACGU